CCCAUUGCUACGGCUUGGAUAAAAAGGGUUCAACAUGUCUUACAAUGAGGCACAAUCGCUUUCAAGUUGCAGCCAGCAGCAGCACACUUUUCACAACCAGUCGUAGCCCAAAGUGUGAUGCUGCCGAAUAUUCUUGACGCGCUUGCUCAGCUCAACACUUCUCAGCUUUGUGCAUCUGCCCUAGCUGUCGCCGCUGUGGUAUAUCUGCAGCCGUACCUCGUUGAUUCUCAUUUCAUUCGGAGAAACGGGAUUACUGGUCCUUUCUUUGCUAGAUUCUCGGAUGCAUGGCUCGGAUGGGUCGCUGCACACGGGAAUAGGUCCGUGGUUGUGCACAAGCUGCACAAGAAAUAUGGUCUUUUUGUACGGCUGGCACCGAAUCACGUCUCCAUCAGUGAUCCAGAAGCACUUCACAUUGUCUACGGCCACGGAAGCGGAACUCUGAAAUCGGACUACUACGAUGCGUUUCUAGCUAUUCGCCAUACUGUCCUAACAACACGCGAUCGCGAGGAUCAUUCAAUGAAGAGAAAAUUAGUCGCUCCCAUUUUUUCUCAGAAAAGCGUCCUUGGAUUCGAGCCUUGCGUCCAUAGCCACGUCACUGAGCUCUUUGAACAGUGGGACAAGUUGUGCGACGGAGGCAAACAAGGCUUGACAGGUAACGCAGGCAAGGGUGGGUGGAAAGGACGCGAUGGUCGCGUUUGGUUUGACGCAUUGCCAUGGUUGUAUUACAUGUGCUUCGACAUCAUUGGUGAUUUAGUCCUUGGAGCCCCAUUCAACAUGGUCCACAAGGGUACAGACACCGUACCCGUCGCGCUAGAACCUAGCGCUGUCAUAGCGCAAUAUGGACAGAGUAGCAUCACAGGCAGUCACGACACUGAGAAGCCGAUUUGCGCCGUGAAAGAGGCUCCGGCCAUGGAACUCAUGAACGGCCGAAGUGCAGUCAUCGCUUCACUGGGCGUUUUACCUCCGUGGUGGCGACCAAUCGCAAGUCUUUUUCCGUGGUAUGCGAGAGGUAACAGGGAUGUGGGAGAUCUUGCGGGUUUUGCCACCCUCGCUAUUUCAAAACGUUUGGCACGCCCCACGGAGCCAUUGGGUCUACUUAGCGCUUUAUUGGAGUUGAAAGAUGAUGAAGGCAAACCACUAAGUAAAGAACAGCUGUCGGCCGAUGGACUUCUUUUACUCAUUGCCGGGUCCGACAUGGUCGCGAACCCCACAUGUGCGGUAUUAUACCAAAUCAUCGCAAACCCACCCGUACAAGCCAAACUCCAGAAAGAGCUAGACGACGCUCUGGGAGCACCGAGCCCAUCAGAUGACUCCGUCUCGACAUACUCACAAAUCAACCAUCUUCCCUACCUGGAGGCAGUAAUCAAUGAAGCACUACGCGUGCAUCCAAUGGUAGGCCUCGGCUUACCGCGCGUCGUUCCCGCCAGUGGUCUCACCGUCUGUGGGAAACACUUCCCGGAGGGAACGGUUCUAAGCGUACCGACGUACACUAUCCACCGGGAUAAGGAGGUAUGGGGAGAAGAUGCAGACACAUUUCGACCUGAGAGGUGGUUUGAAGGGGAUAAGUCAACUAUGCAGAAGGUGUUUAAUGCAUAUUCAUAUGGACUAAGAGCAUGUGCAGGUCGCGUCUUGGCUAACGUGGAGCUACAAAUUUUUAUCUCUUCGAUCUUCCGUCGGUACGAAUUUGUGCUGGAAGAACCAGAGAACCCUGUCGAGGUCUUCGAAGGAUUCAUUAUGAGGCCAAAGAGUUGUCGCGUCGGUAUGAAACGGCGUGCUAUCUAAACCGCCAAUUAUCAGAUCCCAUGUGUGAUGCACUUAGUAUGAUACCACAGUAGCCGCUGAGCUUGACCGUAAUUUAAUGGUAAUGGAUUCCGAGUUACGAGAUUCACGAAUAGGGUUUCAAAAGAAUCUGUAAUGUAUUUAUGUAAUUGUAUUGCACCCAAUGGAUUCUCCCAACUCAUUCUAUAUUUAAUUCAAUUUCUCCUUCUUUUGGAUCGAUGUCGAAGCAUGUGGUUAAUCUUAUAUUACAUAUCCAUAGCUUCCAGCCUUACUGGCCCGCCU